CCAUCUGGCCGGGUUGGCUGGUUAUAACCGCGCAGAUUAUGUUCGCGGGGCUCAGAGCGGAGGCUCCGCGCCCGACCCAGCAGCUCCGCGCCCGCCCGGCCCGGCCCAGCGCAGGAGCGCCCGCCGCCCGCCGCCCCUCUUCCCAGCCUCAGCCCCCGGGCAGGGAGGGCAGCGGCGGCCCAGGGGCCUUUGGAUGACCCCGCUCGCGCCCACCUCGCUCUUCAUGUCGACGUCCCUGGAAACAGUUCCACGGAUGCCAUGGUUACUUCUGCCACGAUGCUGCCUUGGAAGAAGCUGGCUUGACCCCUGUGAUGACUGACCAGAAGGUGAACGGUAUGCAAAGCGAAGGUUCGAGAAUGAAGAUCAUUGGUUAGAAUCAGCUCUUACAGGUGAACAAGGUGAUGUCCAUCUUGUUUUAUGUGAUAUUUCUCGCUUAUCUCCGUGGCACCCAAGGCAGCAACAUGGACCAGAGGAGUUUGCCCGAAGACUCUCUCAACUCCCUCAUCAUCCGGCUGAUCCAGGCAGACAUCCUGAAGAACAAGCUCUCCAAGCAGACGCUGGACAUUCAGGGAAGCCCUCCAGAAGUCUUGCCCCAGGCCGAGGGCCCCCGGGAGCCCCAGCAGGACCAACCACCCCGGUCAGAAUUCCACCCGGUGGGGGCCAUGGACACGGACCUGCUGAGGCAGCAGAGACGCUACAGCUCUCCCCGGGUGCUCCUGACGGCCAGCACCCCCCUGGGCCCCCCGCCCUUAUAUCUCAUGGAGGAUUACGUGGGCAGCCCAGCCGUGGCCAACAGGACGUCACCCCGAAGGAAGAGGUACUCGGAGCACAAGAGCCACCGAGGGGAGUACUCCGUGUGUGACAGCGAGAGCCUGUGGGUGACGGACAAGUCAUCAGCCAUCGACAUUCGGGGACACCAGGUAACGGUGCUGGGGGAGAUCAAGACGGGCAACUCCCCCGUCAAACAGUACUUUUAUGAGACUCGGUGUAAGGAGGCCAGGCCGGUGAAAAAUGGCUGCCGGGGCAUCGAUGACAAGCACUGGAACUCUCAGUGCAAGACAUCACAGACCUACGUGCGGGCCCUCACGUCCGAAAACAACAAACUGGUGGGCUGGCGGUGGAUCCGGAUAGACACCUCCUGUGUGUGUGCCUUGUCACGGAAAAUUGGAAGAACAUGAGUUGGUGUCGUCCCCCCCCUUAUAGAUAAAUUAUUACUUUAAAUUAUAUGAUAUGCAUGUAGCAUAUAAAUGUUUAUAUGGUUUUUAUAUAUUAUAAGUUGACCUUUAUUUAUUAAACUUCAGCCACCCUCCAGUAUAUAAGCUUUUUCUCUCAAUAAAAUCAGUGUGCUUGCCUUCCCCCUUUCCCGGACCCUUUCCCCUAGACCACCUCCCCCAUUUGUUAAAUCUUAUUUUUGUGACUGGGCCCUCAGUGGCCCCCAUCUCUGUAAGAUCUGUGUACACCAGUGUUUUGCAUUCAGUAUUGUCAAGGCCAUAACUUGUGUUUUAGUAAAAACUUGUUGAAAUUG